AUGCCUCCGAAACGCUCUGCUUCGAACGCGUCCUCUAGCAGCAAUAAGAAGACCAAAGCGGACAGCAACGCAAAAUCGGGCGACCCCCGCACAAUGAAGAGCACGCGCUGGUCGCGCAUCUCGGGAUCUGGAAAUGCUGACGCUGCAUACAAAUUCUCCAUCGAGGAUCCAGUGAAGGCAUAUUCCUAUGUUUGCAUCUGUCAGCUGCCGUUCGACGAUGGAGACGACAGGGAAGAUGAAGGCGAUCGGGAAAAUGAAGACGACUGCGAAGAUGAACCGUCCAAAACCUCCUGCAGCGCGGGAAAGAAAUGCCUGUGCAACAAGCCCGCCGCAGAGCAUCCUAACCAUCCUUUAAUUUUGAGCUACGCGGGCAAGAGCAAGUGGUCCACUCAGCAUACUUUUCUGGACCUUCGCUGCCCAGACGCCUUCAGAAUGUAUACUUUCAACGACCAUGAGGGCUUUGGCGCGCUCGAGGUCGUGCAAAACCUAUUCAUCGACUAUGUCGAGGCCUCUCCUUAUUGGCAAGAGCAAUGGGCAGUUUGCGAGGCUACAGUGAUGCUAUACAUGAGCGACGCUUUAGCCCCGUUGAAUUUCGUUGACGAUGCCGACGCCGUCUACGACACCCUUGUAUCGGCUGGACGCAUGUUCCUUGCGAUGCUCGCGAAGCUUGAGCACCUUAACCUCCUGAAGCCAGAUUCUGAGGUCAAAAAUCUCGGCUUCAUAAUGGCCUCCUACAUUAAGCUUGCUGCCACUGAAGACGUCCUUGACCUCCACGAUGUCACCGACGAGAUUAAGAAAAAUAAUGGAACGGACGACACUUUCACCUUCGUUCGGUCCGAUUUCGCCUCCCACAUCCUCGCCUAUGCCAAGAAAUACAACAUUAAGCUUGUCGGGCACAAAGGCAUUGACAAGAUUAUCGAGGACCUGGAUGACGAAGCUGAACUGCCUGAACGUGACGAGGACCCUUCCGGUGACCCCUGGGACUUGGCUGGCGCAAGCAAAGAGUACGUUAAGCGCCACGGCCACGGCUCCGGCCAUCACGGGCGGAAAGACUUGAAGGCGCAGAUCGGCGGUGACGCCCUGGACAUCACCACCUGGAGUUCGGCAGAGCGCAAGAAGGCGAGCUUUGACGGUAAGGACCCCCUCGGUAAGGAAGAACGUGACGCCAUCAAGGAGGGGUUGGUCAUGUCUCUGGCUUAG